CAGUAGCCACAAAAGGCAUUAAAUUAGAGGCGACGAGGCAACUCCGGUGUCGCGCUCAGCUGCUCCACCGCGUACGAGGCGAAUUAUGUCGGAGACAUCCGAGGGACCAGCCACCAACAACAAAAAUCCGAAGAAGUCAUGCGUGCCUUCCAAUUUCUUCACCUGGCAGCUGACGGAUCCGUUGAAGGUCGAGCGGUAUCUGAUCGGCCUAUCUCUGGCAAAUUGCACGCCGCAGCUGGAACAGGAACUGUAUGCUCCCAGCGAUGUCGGUUUUGAUGAAAAGCCCAUUCCUGAGACUGACGACCUCAAGGUCUCUACCGUCAUGUGCUGUUCAUUGUGCGGGACGGAAUUUGAGUCCCGCGACGACCAGGUUCAACACUACAAGGCAGACUGGCAUAGGUAUAACCUGAAGCAGAAGCUCAAUGGAGAGGCAAUUUUGCCAGAGCAAGAGUUCUUGGAUAUGAUAGAGGAGGUCUCGAGCAUUUCUGGUUCAGAGUCUGAGACAGACACAACAUCUGCCACUGACACCCCGGAAUCCGCGAGCGGAGGAGAGUCUAGUCCGCUUCGCAAGUUGAGAGAAGGCAGCCAGCGAAACAGCUCCACCAGGAGAGCGAAACCGGGCAGGGAACGAUCAAACAGUGUUGCAUCCACCGAUACAGAAGGCGAGGACACUGACCCGGACAAAUCAGAGUCCAGAAGUGCUCGAAUGAAUGCCAAGGUGUACCUCAAGAACAGCGAGGGCCAAGUCAUGGCACUUUAUCGGUGUAUUGUUCAUGGCAAGCUGGCAGUGCCUGCCACAUUCUCUCAGCUAAUAUCUGCAAUCAUUGAGGUUCCCAAGAAGAUGCAGUGGGCUAUCCUCAUGGUAGGCGGAGGACACUUUGCGGCUGCUGUUUUCAACGGAUCCGAGUCCCUGCUCCAUAAGACAUUCCACCGUUACACUGUGCGGGCAAAGCAAGGUGGCGCCCAGUCCAGCCGAGAUGGCAAGCAAAAGGGGAUGCAGCCCAAGUCGGCUGGCGCAAGCCUUCGGAGGCACAACGAGAUAGCACUCACCAAGGACAUUCAGGACCUGCUGGGAACGUGGGCUGAGGAGCUGCAGAAGUGCAGCGCCAUCUUCUACCGGGCGCCGGGCGCCAACCGGAUCGUGCUCUUUUACGGCAAAAGCCCUCCAUUCAAGAAGUCGGACCCCCGUCUCCGACCCAUCCCAUUUCCUACCAACAGGGCGACCUACAAGGAGGUCCUUCGGGUGCAGAGGCUGCUGUCCACGGUGGAGUGUUUCGGGAGUGAGGCAGACCUCAAAGGUUGCAUUCCUGUCUCACCUAAGGUGCACCUGGGAUCCAAGAAAGUGGAGAAGGCAUCGGACAAGCCAGACAUCCCUCCACUCGAAGAUGCCCUCCUCUCCAGGCUUCGGGACGUGUCCAUUAACGAAUCCAGCAAUGGAGUUCUACCUCCCAGCAAUGAUUCGGAGGAUGGGCAGCCCAAAGAUGACCAAGGUUCGGACUCGGAUUCUGACGCCACGGUAAACUGGGAGAUCUCCGAAGAGGCGCAGGACCUCCGGGAGUUUGAGUGCACCCGGAAACCACGGAAGCGGAGGCACAAGAAGAAGAAAGACACGAAAGAAAGAGAGCACACGGAGAAGCCAGUGCCCAGAGAGUUCCGAGCGCUCAAGACGGCACUGUUCGAGUCCUGCAAAGCCGGAAAUGGUGAAGCCUUGGCGUCGAUGCUACGCAUCCUCGCGGAUAACAAGCACGGCGAACAGACCGAUGCCUCUUCUUUGGAAGUGCCAGCAGCAAACGAACCCUCCGAAAAUGAUGCCGAACUGCCACCUCCACGUCCCCCGUCGAAACCGACCAACCUCGAAGAGCUCGCAGUGGUGAAAACGGGCAACCAGUUCCGUCUGCUGAGUCCGGUGGGAUCCGACCCGGAUGCAACACCUGUCGUGGAGAGGGCGGUGGAGUGGGGCGCGAGGACGGAAGUGAAGCUUGAACGGCAGGACUCUGGUGAAUCGCCGUCGGUCGAGAUGUGCUGCGACGUCGUGCGCCGGUUGGGUCUCGAACAUCGGUUGCUGAACGGCCCGAUUGACUCUUCCGACUCGACUCUGUUGCACUACUGUGCAAAGCAUGCGGCCGUGAAGCUGAUACGCUGCCUCAUGCAGGCCGGAGCAGAUCCUGUGGUGCAGAAUGCCAAGGGGCAGACACCAUACAUGGUCUGCCCUGACAAGCAGACCAGAAAUGAGUUCAGACGUUUUAGGGCGGGGAACCCUGACAUGUACGACUACGAGAAGGCCCAGAUACCAAGUGGGCUAACUGAUGAGAUGGAGAAGGAGAGGUCUGAGAAGCAUGCGGAAAAGCAACGUGAGAAGCGGAAACUGCACAGGGAGAAGCUGAAGGAGAGGAAAGCAGCUGAAGUUAAGAGGAAAGAAGAGGAGCAGGAGAAGCAGCGGUUCCUCUCACUCAGCGACAGGGACAAGAGAGCUCUUGCUGCUGAGAGGAGAUUCGCAAAGCAGCUUCUAGCCACGAAUGCCAGUCAUGUGGUGUUGGUUCGGUGCUUCAUGUGUGGAAUCGACAUCACCGGGAAAGUGCCCUUCGAGUACAGUUCCAACAAGUUCUGUACGAUAGACUGCGUCAAGGAACAUAGGAAGAAGCCUUCAAGUCGCACUUGAUCUGCCUUUAGACGUCGCCGAAUUAUUUGGUUGCAUUUGCAGGCUGGCCUUGCAACUAUUUGCAGUUUUAUUUGUACAGAUUUUGUAUAUUUUAUACUGCUUCGGGCUAGGCUCUGUGAUUGCGAUAUUUAAAUAAAUAAAUAAUAUACACAAAAAAAAAGAACAUUGAAUAAACUACAUUUGGAACAAA